AUGACACAACCGUUCUUACUGGAGGACCAGGUGGAGGUAGCCGGCGAAGUGGGACACAUCGAGGAGAUCCAGUCGCAGUAUGUCAUCAUGCGAACCCUGGACGAACGUCGACUCGUCAUUCCCCUCACCUGGUUCCUCGCCAACAUUUUUGUCGAUUACACCACAGCGAUCCCACGGAUACGACAAUACUUUCUUCGAUUCGCGCGCGCUCACCCGCUCUACGACGGUCGCCACUGUUCGUUGCUGGUUACGGACUGUACAUUAGGGACGAUUGAGCUCACUUGUCAAGUCAGUGUGUCGAACGCUAUGGAUGUGAUGCAGGUCUCGUCGGAUAUUCGGGAAGCCAUGGUUGAGUUUAUUGCGCGCUCGAGAUUGGAGGUUUCGACUACUGGAACAAGUCCGGCUUCGAUUCGGAGGUUGGCGAAUCUAGGGGAUGAUCUUGUUGGAGGUGCAGGAGGACUGACAGGAGGGGGUGGAGGUGAAGAGAAUGUCGUGAAUGAGCAUGGGGAGAUUGUGCAGGCGCCACCACCGCCGCUGACGACGGAGGAUGUAAAGAUGGGCAGUGGAAGUAAGGCGUAUCAAAAGAUUAAUCCGACUACGACGGCGUGCAAGGAUGUUACGGCGGAGAAGGAUGCGGAUGGUGGUGUGGAGGGUGAGAAAGAGAAGCCUGUUUCUGGGACGACUACGGCGUUAAAUGUCGGUCCUGGUGCUGCUGUUGGGUCAAGGAGGGAUCACAUCCAGGUCACGGUUGAGGAUGUUGACGCAAUGACAGAGGAGGCACAACAAAAAAUUCGUAGCAUGGUCGACAUGGCCAUGAACUAUGUUGUCGAGCCGCAGCCGCUCGUCGUCCCUGCCGUCCCCGAGACCCUCGAUGCCCUCGUCGAGCAAUUGAACUCUGGUCUUUCUCUUAACGAUAAUACUGCUGCUACUCCUGCGGCUGAGGAGGAGGCUUGGGAUGGUGAAACCUUUGGCGUCCGCCUUGCGGGCCUGGGAAAGUUGGUGUCGAAUGAUAUCACAAAAGUCUCCCUCGCCUGCAAACCCCCCGCAGACCCCAAAGUCGUCAUCGGGAUGAUGGACGGUCUCGCCGAAUCCUGUUUCCGACUCGCCGGGUUUGUCGAUUCGAUCCCUGUCAAGGUCGCCGGUCAGACGUAUAAACGCGAAGUCCAGAUUCUGGCGAACGACAUCUUUAUUGCGGUUGCCGGGCUUUUGAACGAGUUUUUGGAUCAGAAGGUGGAGAAGGUUUUGCAGAUCCAGCAGCAAAAGUCUGUUAUUCGGGGAGCUGUUGAGGGGUUGCAUAAUGGUGGAUCUUCUUCGCCUUCAAGAUCGGGAUCAGAGACAGGAACAGGAAAGUCUGGUGAAGGAGCAAAAGAUGGGUAUUUGAUCAAGACGGGAAUUGUGUGGGAGGCCUGUGAGAUCUUUGAAGGUGCUAGUCGGUCGAACCGUCAGGCCGUGGCCAAGAAGUGGGGGGAUAUGAUGUCGACCAUGGAGGAUGCCAUUGCCGAAGUCCAAGAGAUGAUUGAUUCCAACGACGACAAGAAGGAUACUGACAACGAUGGUGCAGGAAGUGACGAUGAUGAGGACAGUGGAAACGAGAGUGAUGAUAGCUGGAACGACGAGGAAGAAAAGUUGACCGAGGAGGAGAAGCAGCUGAGCAUUCGGGCGAACGCCUUCCUGAAGUUGACCCGACUCCUCUUCAAGAAGCUCCAGCAGAGAUGUCUCGAUACCCAACCCGCCACCCCCGUCGACUCUUCGUCCUCUGUCACACUGAAGCCUUCAGUCCUGGCAAGGAUGUGGGACCAACUGUAUGAUCGGGCCAAGGGGAUUGUGGCAUUGGCUGACGAGAUUGCGACCUCGUUGUAUGGCCCCCAAGACCGUAGUUCGAUUAUUGAGCUGCUGCAGGAGUUGAGCCGGAAGAACCAUGAUUGUAUUCUUGUUGGACGGUUGUUUGUGAGGGGUCAGGCUGAGCAUGAGAAGUGGAUGGAUAUGUGUGAAGCCCAGUCCAAGAAGAUCCUUGAUACCGUCCUCCAGCAGUAG